AUGGUGCUACCUCUUUCUUUACUAAGAACUGCACAAAACCAUCCUAUGCUUAUUGAGUUGAAGAAUGGCGAGACGUACAACGGUCAUCUCCAAUCCUGUGACUCGUGGAUGAAUAUUCAUCUGAGAGAUGUUAUCUUCACUUCUAAGGAUGGUGACAAAUUUUUCAAGAUGCCAGAAGUUUAUAUUCGUGGAUCAACGGUCAAGUACCUUCGCAUACCUGAGACAGUUGUUGAUCUUGUGAAAAAUGAAGUGAAUGAAGUUCGCCGACAACAGAAGGAUCAACAACGAGCGCGCAAGCAGUUAGGACAACGAGGUGGUGGAGCUGCUCGUGGUGGAAGAGGUGGUCAUCGAGGACGGGGCAAGUGA